AUGACCUUCUCAGAUGGCAAGAUCGCAGACCAGAAUUUCCGGAUCGAGUACGGUGACGGAGAAUUCCUCACGGGGGAAAUGGGCUAUCAGGACGUGACCUUCUCCGGAAUCACAGUCGACAACCAACAAGUCGCGCUCGUUGAUUACGCAUACUGGUUCGGUGAUGGAGAGAGCAGCGGUCUACUGGGCUUCGCUUAUCCAGGAAUCACCAGCGCCUUUUCCGGUCCUGACCCAGAUAAAGAUACGAACAACAACAGUAUCGUCUACAAUCCAUUCUUCUUCAACGCGAUUGAGCAAGGCAAAACAGAACCUAUGUUCAGUCUAGCCCUCACGCGGGAGACGGAAGGGGAAGCAGGCCAGCUUGCUUUUGGGUGUCUGCCGAAUAUUCCUUACAAGGGAGACUUCGUUUCUACUCCGUUGGAAGUCUUUCAAUUUCCAGGCAGCGCUGUUGAGAUUACGGAAUUCACCUACUAUACAAUCAUUCCGGACGCGUACAUCAUAUCACACGGCGGAGCCACGAAAGAGUACUUCAAUUCAGAAGGUAUACUUCUCACAGGACAGCCAUCGGAAACGAGGGACGGGAUUUCAAAUACGACGCUCUCAAACACCACUCCUGUUAUCGUUGAUUCUGGAAGCACACUCGUCUCUCUUUCCACAGCACUAGCCGCUAAAGUUAACGCGCUUUUUGAUCCACCAGCUACAUACAUGUCAGCCCAGGACGUCUACGAGGUAGAUUGCAAUGCCACGCCUCCUAAAUUCGGGGUUCGAAUCGCUGGACACGACUUUUACCUCCAGGAUCAGGAUCUUCUUCUCACGGGUGAGCUUGGACUGGACCCAGACACGGGAAUGUGCAUUACUGGUGUUCAACCAUUCGCUUCUGAGCCGUUCAUCCUGGGCGAUACAUUUUUGAAAAAUGUCGUGGCUGUGUUUGAUGUGGGGAAAGGUGAGAUGCGCUUUGCAGAGCAGUAG